AUGUUUGGAACUGUGAUGUUGGACAAUGGCAUUGUUAAACUCACACUAUUAUCUCCAAGUGGUUUGAUCGGGGAAAUACAAUACAAAGGAGAAAAGAAUGUCCUCAAAUAUCAUCUAAAAGAAAAUAGACGAGGGUAUUGGGACAUUGUAUGGAGCAGGCCACCAGAGCGCAAAAGUUUUUUCUGCGAGCUCGAAGGGACAAGUUUUAAAGUUAUAGCAGAAACAGAAGAUAUGAUCGAAAUUUCAUUCAUGAGAACAUGGAAUUCCUCUGAUAGUUCCUUUUACCCCUUGAAUGUCGAUAUAAGGUAUAUAAUGUUGCGCGGAAGUUCUGGUUUCUAUUCAUAUGCAAUAAUGGAACAUUUAGAAGGAUGGCCCGAUUUAAAUAUUGACGAAGCAAGGAUUACUUUCAAAAACUUGACGAUGCCAC